AUGGAAGUUUGGUUACCAGUAGCAACUUCUUCAGACUUACUAGUUUCUAAUCUUGGACGCAUCAAGAACAAAAAAGUUGCAAGAGCAUUUAUCUCUAACCCAGAGAAUAAGCCCCAUGUUAAUCAUAUCAAUAGUAUCAAACAUGAUAAUCGGGCUGAUAAUUUGGAAUGGGUAACUCCUAAAGAGAAUGCUGAACAUAGGAUAUUCUCAAAUUACAGUCGUAUCAGAUCCAGAAAAAUUGUGCAGAAAACGGUAGAUAGAAAUGUUGUUCAGAUUUGGGAUUCUAUUCGGCUCACCAGUAAUGCACUCAAAAUUUCAGAAACUUGUAUUUCAGAAUGUUGUAGUGGGAAGCAAAAAACUUCUGGUGGCUGGCGUUGGAUAGUUUCAUCUCUUGGAAGAAUUCAGUUAACAAAUGGUGAAAUCACCCAAGGUUCAUUGCAUAUAGGUUAUCGAAAAAUUGUUCGAGAAGGAUAUCUUGUUCAUCGCUUGGUGGCAUUAGCAUUUUGUCCCAAAAAAGAAGGAAAAGAAUAUGUAAAUCAUAUUGAUGGCGACUCUACUAACAAUAAUGCAUCCAAUCUAGAAUGGUACACACAAAAAGAAAAUAUGCAACACGAUAUUUUUGACGAUGGCUCUACUCGAGAAUUUCCAUCCAUAGCUGAAGCGCAACGUACAACUGGAAUUAACCAGUCAAAUAUUGGUGUAGUAUAUCGAGGACUCCGAGCUUAUGCUAGAGGAUAUCUUGCUGAUUCAUCGCUGGAAGUUUGCAUAAUUGCAAUAGGAGUCAUAUCAGCCAGUUGCGAGACGCACUCAUCACCCGCCAGACGCACUAUUGGACUAGCAAAAGGCCAGACAUUUUCUCUAUCUCGUACACCCACUGAGACGUACUCAUCAUCUGCCAGACGCACUAUUGGGCUAGGUGGAGACAAGAAGUUUAUGCAUUAUGUUAAGCAGGAACAGUUAACUAAUGUCAGAGCUAGUGCUUUAUUCGAAAGUAAUGUUCUCAAGAUUCACAAAAAAAGAUUUGCUGAAGAAAUUAAUGAUGUGGCUCAACGAGAUAUAAAGAAAGUGGAACUUGGAAAUGACGAUAAAGAUAUUAACAUACCUUCAAGAAUUAAAUUUGAAACUCAAGUUGAAAAAAUAGAAAACGAAAAAGUGGAGUUCGAUAAGAAACAAAUAGCGUUUUGGGCAGGCAACAAUAAACAAACUAACAAUCAAAAGUUAGAUUUAUUCUCGACUCCUCAUAAACCGAUCCUUACAUCAUAUAAGUUUGAUAUUAUAUCGUCUAAAAUUAUUUCUGGAUUUAAAUUCCUUAAAAGUACUCUUAAUAUAAGAUAUCUUAAGAUAGUAAAUGAGAUUGAAACUCAUGAGAAAGAACAGAGGAUAUUAACUAGCCUAGGAACAACUCUUAAAGACGAAAAUAUCACAGACAGAGACAAAAAAUUAUACGAAAUAUUCAAAUUAACGUUAAAGGAAUUUUAUUUAAUAAUCAAAUACAAUCUAAAAUAUGCUCUCAUGAAGUACAAUUCAGAGAGAAAAUUCCUCGUUGAAAGGGUGUCAACACUAUUUAAACUCGUCGAAUAUGUGUUUGAGACUAUUACGACAUACUGGAUUGAAAAGGAAAUUAUGUCAACAAAGGUAACAGAGUUCGUAGAUGAUCCAAUUUGUGAGCUAGUAUCUAAGAAAACUGAUGCACUGACCACAGACCUUACAUAUAAUAUAGACGUAAUGAAUAUGAAAUCAUCAGGAGGUCCCUUUCAACAAGAUAGAAAACAUACUCUUGAAGAUUCAGAAAAGAUCUCCAAUACUGGAGUAGACAUUCUUCUCACAAGUCUCCGAAAGUUUCUUGACGCUAGUGUUGAGACUGCCAAGAAACUUAAAACAUAUAACAUUCAAAUCAUUGACGGACUUCUCAAGCGUCAAGUGGUCAUACAAGAGUUAUCUAAAGAAAGUAAUGGAUAA